AUGUCAAGCAAAUCCUCUUCCUCUCAUCACCAAUUUAAACCCCCUUCAUCCAUCCUGAUUGUUGGCUCGGGAGUGUUUGGCUUGGGGACGGCAUAUGCUCUUGCCCGCCGCGAUGAUUUUUCCAACACUACCAUAACCGUUCUGGACCGCUCGGUGGAUGAGGCUUUGUUCCCAUCGCGAGAUGCCUCAAGCGUUGACACUUCUCGCAUAAUCCGCGCUGAUUAUGCUGAUCCUGCCUAUGCUGCUCUAGCUGCGGAAGCUCAGCAUGAGUGGCGAAAGCAAGGAGAUGACGAUCUGGGCGGCCAAGGGAGAUACAGCGAAAGUGGCCUGGUCUUGGUCGUUGACAAUGUUCCUUCCGGCACUGCAGCCAAGAAGGACGGCGCUUAUUAUUGUAAGCAGAGUUGGGAGAACGUCAAUGCUAUGGCAGAGAAGGACCCAUCGCUUCAGGGAAAGCUCAAACUCCUGCCCAACAUCGAGGCUAUCCGGGAUGCAGUUGGCACUGGUCACGUCAACUCAGGUGUUUGGGGUUACCAAAACCUCAACUCUGGGUGGGCUGAUGCAGACCGUUCGAUGCAGUGGCUUUUGCGCAAAGUUAAAGAGACUGGGCGAGUCAAGUUCGUGUCAGGCACUGCAGCCAGUCUGAGCCGGGACGGCAAAAAGAUUACAGGAGUCAAGCUCUCCGAUGGUAGGCAGCUCUCGGCUGAUCUGGUUGUUCUUGCAACAGGGGCUUGGACUGGUGGUCUCAUAGAUCUUGCAGGCCGCGCAGCCGCGACAGCCCAGGUGCUCGCGUACUUGGACAUCACGGACGAGGAGCAAGCCGCGUUGGCUAAAAUGCCCGUCUACCUGAACUUUGCUUCCGGGCUCUUCAUCAUCCCGCCAGCAAACAAUGUCCUCAAAGUUGCACGACACGAAUACGGCUAUCUCAACCCUACCACGACCGCAACACCCUUGCGCUCCGGGACGCCGUUGGAUGCACCUUACACUGUCUCUUUGCCCCCAGGUGAUGUGACGGAGGCUUUCCAAGAUAUUCCUCAACAAAGCAAGGAAGCCUUGCGUUCUGCCUUGAGAGACAUGGUCCCGAUCCCUGCGAUUCACGACCGGCCCUUUACUUCGACCCGCGUAUGCUGGUACACCGACACAAAGUCGGGCGAUUUUAUCAUCGACUAUCAUCCUGAGUGGGAAGGUCUUUUCCUCGCCACUGGUGGCAGUGGUCAUGGAUUCAAGUUCCUACCGGUUCUGGGAGAACGUAUUGCCGAUUGUAUCGCAUAUGAUCGCCCAAGCGAGUUUGCGGACAAAUGGUCAUUUAAGGCUCUCCCUGAGAACGUUCGUUGGGAACAGGUUUGCACAGAGGACGGCAGCCGUGCUGGUCAAGCUGGGCGCUACUUCCAAAAGGAGAUGGCAAAGACGACAAAAACGUCAAAGUUAUAA